AUGAGUGACGAGGGACACAAUGAUAUCUACAAACGGGCAAAGAAUUCACGCGAUUUUACGGGCAAAGUAGUACUGGUCACCGGAUCCAGUUCCGGCAUAGGGGAGGGUAUCGUAAAACUACUCUCAGUAUUGGGCGCCAAAGUUGUGGUCACCGGUAGGAAAGAAGAUCAAGUGAAACGUGUGGCACAAGAAGUCCAAGAAUUAUCGCCUAAAAGAUUAAAACCGUUGGCUGUUGUGGCGGAUGUGACCAAAAGUUAUGACUUAAAUAAUCUAAUGAAUCAAACCAUUAAAACAUUUGGCAAAUUAGAUGUAUUGGUGAAUAACGCCGGUAUCGGGAUGUUUGCUGGCGUUAAGGAUAAUAACUUAAUGAAAGUCUUCGAUAAAGUGAUCCGGACUAAUCUGAGAGCUUAUGUCAAGUUAAGUCAAUUAGCCAUUCCUUAUCUCGAAGAAACCAAUGGCACUAUAAUUAGU